AUGGCAGCGGUCGGCUGGCGCAACCUCUCCCUCGCCGACGCCAAGGUCGUCGCUCCCUACGCAGUCGCCUUUGCAGCGAUCCCCACCCUCGCGGCGGCGGGCGGACGGGAGCAUUAUCCGCCCUGGCCUGUGCUUCCGCUCUCCACGACCACGCUCUUGAGCCACUUCACGUUCGUCCGCGCCAAGCUCCCGGCGCGCUGGUGGUCGCUCCUCUCCUCCGCCUUCACCCACCUCGACGCCAACCAUCGCGACAGCAACCUGCUCUCGCUCCUCUUCUCCGCGCUGCCGCUCGCGCGGAGGCUCGGCUCGCGCGGCAUGGCCGCCGUCUUCCUCGGCGGCCACAUCGCCGCCGCGCUCAACACGCGCGGACGCGUGCUCCAGCUCGAGAGGUACGUCGACCGGAGCACGGGCCGGCUCGCGCCGUCGUGGCUCAGCGCCGGCGUGGCGAAGCUCUUCAACACCGCCUCGCCGCAGGCGGCCCUCGGCGGCUCCGCGGGCGCCUUCCCUACCACACCUCCAGAGUAUCGAACCCAGUGUGGGUUCAGUCCCGUGGGUGGUGCGGUAGGUGUGUUCGCGCUCUUCGGCUUCGACUUGUGCCUCGGCGUGCGGAGCGGGCUCGACCUGCUGCGGCGCGGCGCGAGCGAGGAGCAGGUGGUUGGCGAGGGGCUCCGGCUGCUGCUCGGGCUGCUGCCCGUCGUCUCGAUGGUGCUCAGCGAGCACCGGAGCCUCGAGGCGGGCGAGAGCCUCUCCGUCGCCCACGCGGCGCACCUGACCGGCUUCGCGUGGGGCGUGGCUUGCUGCGUCGCCAGCGCCCUCUUCGGCGGCGGCGAGGAGACACGGCAGAGGGGAGUCGGCGCGGCCCCGGCGAGGGGACGAUUCGGCACGGGAGUGGCGGGCCGCCGGCUGGGCCGCGAGUGA